GAUCAGAUCUGGCCAAGCUCCAGUUUGCGUCUUCGGAGCGCAGCAGCCUCUGGUAUCGGGGAUCUUCAGAACCUCAAAGCUAACAGUGCCGAGCUCCACAUCGCUCCGUCAUCAACCCCGAUCAACAUGGGAGCAAGAAGCGAUCCGGGCGACACCAACUUUACGGUUUUCAUCCGGCUACCUUUUCCUAGAGAGGAUUUUGUCGAUCCACCACCGGUGGAAUGGAAUGCAUCCAAGGAUCAAGAGCUGGCCGAUAACUUUGAUGUCACCCUGCAAUUUCUUCUCCAACAAGCCGCAUGGCUUUAUGAUCGACAGCUAUCCCAAGUCCGUGCCCAGAUGCGCAAGGUUCCUACGGCUCAGUCAAAUCCACCUUCACCAGCUCCAGGAUCCAUGUCAGGUAGUACAGCAUUCCCUGGACAAUCCCAGAAAGGUAAUAUUACGACGGGUUCUCGAGCCCCCAGUCGACAACAAUCUCAGCAAAAAGAUAUACCACAACGAGGUCUCACGGGCCGGCGUGGCAGCUCUACAUCCACGACUACGGUAAACCAGUUCCGCAACUCUCGGGACACAUCGCGCAAUGAUACUCCGACUACCGAGGGCAGAGAGCAACGAUGGGAGAAUUAUGUUCGCCGUCCGUCCAUUACAAAACGCGACAAUCCACCCGCUGCCUCAUUCUUGCGAUCACCUCCCCUCGAGGAAGAGGAUCUGUCGAGCUCUGAAGCGUCUGAUUCGGAGGAAGAGUCGAGUCGAAGAGGGCCUAUGUUUAGACGCUUCGGCAAAUUCUCUACUCAACGAGCCGGUCUCCGAGAUGAUGAGGAUGACGAAGAUGACACCCCUGCAUUCCUGCCCAUAGCUCGUGGUGCCGAGCCGGCUCCACGAGAUCGGCCCGGUGAAGGUCUGAAUGCGACCCUUCGACUCGAUGCGGAACGCGCUGCUACACGGCGACGCAUGGCAGACCGAUCUGGGUCUAGAAGGGCUACCAUUACAGAGUCUUCUACAAGCUCUAUAAGCUCCGGUGCUCCAGCAAGCCAGACACAAGGUGAUAGUGGGAGAAUUGGCACAUUGAGUCCCCAUCGAGCCGGAACGGCGCCCCGUCAGAGCCCACGCAAGUCCACGGCAUCAGGGCGAGAGGCUAGCGACGGUACCCCGAGCAUGGGCAGUAGCUUCAGUGAUCUGGAUGACGCCAGCGUUACACAAUCGGCACUGGAGGAAGCUUUGAUGAGCAACAUGCAGCAUGGUGGCAUGGCCAGUCGAAUGAGCACGAUCAGCCAGGCCUUACGUAGUCGUUACCUGCAGUGA